AUGUCUGAGAACACACUUUUCAAUGAAUGUUUAGCUUGUAAGAUGAAAUUUGAGACUAGAUAAUAAUUAGAGAAUCAUGUGAAGAAGGUAAAGAUUUGUAUCUUAGAAAUAGUUUUGUGUUAGUUCAGAUUAUGGGUCUUAAAAUAAAUUAGAAGAGAAAUACUAAAGAGAGUUAUUGAAUUUAAAAAAGAGUAAUGCACCUGGUGCGAGAGAGAUAAUUGAGAAUGGUAGACCUCCAGUAGCAGGUUAAUAAUAAAAGAAUUAAUUAUCUUUGGAAACUUUAAAGGAUUAAAUAAAAUAAUAAGAUGAUGAAUAUAAAAGAUUGCAUAGAAUGGCAUAGAAAAGAAGAGAAGAUGAAAUGGAAGAUGAAUUAUUUAAAUUAAAAAAUGAUAGAUAAUAGAUUAAAAUGAAAAGAGAUGAUGAUAAAUAAGCAUUUGAAGAAUUGUUACAUGAAGUUGAAUAAAAGAAAGAGAAGGAAAUAAGAGCAAGAAUAGAGAAAGAUGAGAUUCGAAGAGCAUUAAUGGAUUUAGAGAAAGCAAAAUUAACAGCAAUCGAAUAAGAAAGAAAGAGAGAGUUAGAGAAAUUGAUAGCAGAAAGGGAAGCUCUUAGAAUGAAAGAGAAUGAACUUAUUAAAGAUAUUGAAUAGAUGGAAUAGAAUACUAAAAUGCUUGAUUAAAUGAGAUAGGAAGAAGUAUCAAAAAUUAACAAUGUUAUUGAAGGAAUGUAAUUAAAAUAAAAAAACAAUACAAAAUUGAAUGAAGAUCUGAUAUAAGAAAGAUCAGAUAAUGUUGCUAAAUUGAAAUUAAAAAGAGAAUAAUUGGAAGGAGAGAGAUUAAGAAUAAUGGAUAAUUUAGAUAGAUUAAGAAAUGGAGAUUUAAAAGCUGCUUAAAGAGGAGGUACAAUGAAUUUAGUAGCAAAUGCUAAGAAUAUUUUGGGAGAUAUGAAAUAAAUGGAGAAUUUUAAUGCUAAAUUACAUGAUGGAAAAUUUGCAGAAUAAUAAUAAAGAAUAAAUUAAUUGAAGUAAUAGAAACCAGAAUUUAUGCCAUUUGAUGGAGACGAAGCUUAUGGAUAAAGAGCAACUGUAGGAUAAUAAGCAGUAGAUAUGUAUAAAUCUAAGAAUCCUUAAACUCAUGGAGAACUUUAAGCAUUUAGAUAAGGAAUAGAAUAACAUGCAAAUAGUAUGAUGGAUCAAAGUUUGUCAUAGAGUGUUAAUAUGAGUUAAGUUAAGAGACAACAUUCAUCUUAAGUAAAUAGAGCACCUGCAACAAGAUUACAACCUUAAUAAACAAUAUAGAGUUUCCCAGAUAUUAAUUAAUAACAAUAAUAAUAAUAGAUGGAAAUUUUAAAGAAUGCUUGGGGUGUUCCUAUCCCUUAAUUUUAAAAUAAUUAAUUUUAAAUGCUUCCUUAACAACCUUAAAUAGCAUAAUUUUUAACUAAUCCAAAUAUGUAAUAUAAUGGAUUUGCUUAACCAUAGAUGAUGCCUGCUUAUAAUCCAGUUAUGAUACCAUAAUCAUAAUAAUAAGGAUCAACAGCUUUUGGACAAUUUGCUUUAAAUUAAUUAGCAUUAAAUUAAGAGGGAAAGAAAAUGAAAGAUCCAUGGAGUAUAUUUAAUAGAAAAAAUGAAUUCUUUUUAAUGAAUGAAGUACGUGGAGUUGAUUUAAGUGAAGAAGAAAGAGUAUUGAUGAGUUUAUAGGCUCAAGAAAUAGACAGUUUAAGAGUAAUAUCUAGAAUUCCUGUAGGAACUGAAUUAUAUAGAUUUAAGGUUGAAUAAUAUAAAGAAUUAUCAACAAUGAGAGCUGAAAUAGAAAAGAUUGUUUAAGAAUAACGUUUAUAAGAUGCAAGAAGAGAUUUUGAGAUGGAAAGAAGAGAAGAUGAUAGAUAAUGGGAAAAUGAGAAAUGGGUAGAUGAUAAUAAGAAAUUCAUUAUAGAAAAUAGAUUAAGAAAGGAUAAUACUUUGAAAAGAUAAUAAAUGCAAUCAUAUAAUUAAAGUGAAGGAUUUGUAGUUCAUUGGGAUUAUACAUUAGGAUUACCAAGAAGGAGUAAUUAUAGUCAAGUAGUAUUUGGAGUGUAUAAUGGAUAAUAAGUAAUUUGUUAACCAAGAUUAGUUGAACCUAGAGAAAGUGAAACAGAAAAUUAGAAUCAUAAUAGAUGCAUAUUUGGUGAUUCUCAUUAAGUAUUUGAAGUACCUGCACAUCCAGAUACUUUAAUGAUUAUGGAAGUUUAAAUUCCUUUUAGUAAAAGAGUAGAAGAUAAUGUUGGUAGAACUGAAACAUAUGGUUGGACUCAAGUUGAUCUAUUUGAUCAUAAUAAAUAAUUAAAGAGAGGAAAAUUUAAAUGUCCAGUCUAUUAUGGACCUACCAGUCCUGAAAUUACUGUUGAAGAGAUUUAAAAUUUAGAACCUAUUCCAAAUUGUUGGGUCUAUUUUAGAAUUGGAUAUCCUAAUGAUAAAGAUUAUGGAGAAGUUAAAACUAUUUAUCCGGAAUAAACUUAACAUGAAUAUAUUGUACCAUAUAUCCAUUUAAGAGGAUUAUUUGGUAAAAGAGAUAAAGUUAAAAAUAUGAGAGGAAUGGAAGAAAGUUAUGAAACUAGAUAUGGUGGUAGAGGAUAUAAAAUGAUAGAAGAAAUAAUUGAAGAGAGUUAAUUAAUGGGUUAAGGAGCUGGAGGUAGAUCUAAUAUGGAAGAAUAUGAAAUUACUGGAUAACCACCACCAAUGUAAAAGUAUGGUGCUAGAUAAAUGGAAGAACCUCCUAUUGAAGAUGAUGGGAAAUAAAAAGGAUUAAGAUUAAUUAUUUAUAAAGUUGAAAAUCAUUAAGCUAGAUCACAUCUUAGAGUUAUGACAGGAUUAUUUGAAGAAGGUAAUCUUGUUUUAGAUGCUAAUGGAUUACCUGUUUCAUUUAGUACUUCCAUACAUAAUCCAUUAGAUCUAAAAAAUAGAUAAGUAUUAUAACCAGAUUAUAUUAUUCCAUUACAUAAACCUAAUGUAGAAUAUGAUGGAAUGAAUAAUAAAGCAUCAGGUUAAGAUAUUGUAUUUUAAGAAGAAUAUAGAGUAUUUAGAAAUUUAUAUGCUAUGAUUAAAAAAAACAAAAAAGAUUUAUAUAUUGGUUUAUAAGUUGUUGAAAAACCAGAACCUAUUGAAUUGCAAGAAUCAAUCUUAAAUGAAACUCAAAAGAAUUAUGCUGGCUUAGAAUUUGAUCUCAAAGGAUGGCAAUUCCUUAAAUUGACAUAAGACGACGGAAGUCUAUUAACUGGAAGGUUCAAAAUGAAACUCUUUAAACCUCCUUUAAGAAGACCACCCAUUGAUCCUACUAAAGUGUAAGAAAUGGAAGAAGUCAUUGACUUUGCAUUACAUGAAUUUGUCUACACUGAAAAAGAUAUUGAGGAAUUUAAAAAGUAAAUGAAAAACAAACAUAAAAAACCUAAAUUAGAAGAAAUUAAAGAUAUUCCAUUAGAUAACAGUCCAUAUAUUGAUAAUAGAUAAUAGUAAUGGAUUAAUGAAUAGUUUGAAAGAAGACAUGGAAUUGAUUUUUAUAUUGAUGGACUAAGAUUCUUACCAGAUAAAGUUACAGCCUGUAAAAUGUACAUGGAAGUCUAUAAUAGAAGAUAUGAAAAAUUGUUUGAUGCUGAAACUGCAGCCCCUGAUCUCAAUAGUAUGGCUUAUAAUCCAACAUUCUAUUUUAGAAGAGAAUUAAGAAAAGAAAAAUUUGAUCCAACUGCUAUUGCAUUAAUAACAGUUGUCACUGUUGAUAAAAGUACUAAUGAUAACAGAAUUGUUGGUUAUGCUGCUAUAAAUUUAUUUUUGAAUCCUGGAACAAAAUCGUAACCCGAAGAUCCAAAUGAAGAUAAUUAUGUUGUUUAUUCAGGAGCCUACCAGAUUCCAUUAUUUAGUUAAUAGUUAGACAGAACACCACCUUUUGACAUGAAAAAAAUGUACAUAAAUUUAUAAUAAAAAUUAGUUAUUCUCACGAAAGAUCUCCAUGUUGUACAGUGUUAGUAAGAAUUUAUAAAGCACCAUUGAGUGAAGAUGGUAAAAGAGCGUUGUCGAUCAAAGAAUUUCCAAGUCUAAAGGAUCAAAUAGCAAGAAAUAUAAUGAGACCUCGUCCAUAAUAUGGAGCAGGAGCUUACAAUACUGAAUUAGCUCCUAUCACAGAAUCUGAAAAUGAACUAUUUCCUUAAAGAACUCUAAGACCUGAUAUAAGUGUUAGAGAAGCUGCAUAUUUAUUGAUAAAAGGAGAACAAAUAAAUAGAUAAUACAAAGACCAUGAAAUAAUAAAUUAUUUAGAUAACCGUAUAUCACUGACUCAUGAUACAUUUAUGAUUGAUAUGAUGUACUUUGCUAAAUAUAGACCAUAAGCUGGAUUUAAAUUGACAGUGGAUGGAUUACAUAAUGUUGUUAAUCAAUCACAUAUGUAUGUAGUCUUUUACUCUUUAUCAUAACCAGGAACAUUUUAUUUAGAACCUAGAGAUGUUACUUAAGGACAUAUGUGUUCUAAUUAUGAUUUUGAUUCAAAAAUAAAUACUCCUGAAUAUGAUGAUGCCUGGUUUAAAUUCAAAGAGAAUGCUAACAGAUAUUAAAAUAUAAUAUUGGAUAUAAAAUCAGUUCCUUUCUCUAAACCAGAUGGAGCAAUAUCUGAUGUAGGUUGGUCAAUAUUACCAGUAUUCUCCCCCGAUAAUUAUGUGAUGUCUAAUUGUUAUUAGUUACCAAUCUUUAGAGGAUCGGUUCCUAGAGCUGUUAUAGAAGAUAUUAAAAAAUAAGAUACUUGGGAUUAUCUUCGAGAUUAAGUCUCUAAUAAUAAAGUAUUUUAUCUCAAAAAUAUGUCUAUUAUUGUUAGAUUAGUAGAUGCUUAAAGAGAAGUAUCUUUUAAUUAUAUUCUAGGGGCAUUUUAAUAAACGUAUGGAUUGUGAUAGAUUAUAAUAUAAAUAUCUACCUCAAGGAGAACGUAUCAAAUAAUGGUCUUAUAAUCCUGCUGUUGUUUUAGAUUAGAUGAGUAUGAAAACUAUUAAAUCCUUAAUACCUUUUAAAGAUAAUCCAGCUGCUUUCAAUAGAAAAGUCACAGAGUACUUUGCUAAUUCAUAUGGUUUAAUUCAAUAUCUUGGAAGUUGA